CCGUCCGUCGCAACAAAAAUCGUCAAAAAAUACAAUCUUACUCCAGAGAUGAGUACAUCCGAUUUUAGUAGAUAUACUUCUGAAUUGCUCAAAGACCUUACAGAUAAUAGAAAGAGAAAUCAAGCUUUCGGGAUGGGUUUAAAUUCAGUGAUGAACAGAUAUUCCUACUCAAAAAGAGCGAGGGCACUUACGUGCCAGAAACCAUCAGAGUUAGCACAACGAUUUUUACGAGACAAACUUAGUGAAAAGGAUGUGAAGUCUGAAUCACAAAAGUUGGCUGUGUCAGCAUUGAAUGAAAAUGCUGGGUCGUCUAGGCUCUCUCGGCUUCGACGAGAAUUGCGAAAUCUUAAUGCUUCCUAUAAUAUAGUUGAAGCGAACAAAUUUUCUGAGAUUACGAGAAGCCAACGAAAUUCAAAAAAAUCGCAGAAAUCCGCCGAGGAUUUUAAAAAAACGAUUACCCAGAUCAUUUUACCUUAG